AUGGCCACUGCUACUCAAACUCAAUCCAGUCAGACACCCAAUUUCAAGAUUAUUGACCGCCUUCAAGGUGUCCCGGCUAUCCAUGAUUCUGUCUAUGCGGCCAAUUCGAUCGUCAACUCAACCCAGAUAACGGCUCGUCUAUAUGCGUUCGCUGUGGCUAUUGCGUCCAAAUCGUACAACAUUGCGACUCCCGUCAUGGUCAGGACAAAACCAAUUUGGGAAUCUGCAGAUGGAAUCGCUGUCGCUACAUUCGAUCGUGCUGAGGCCACCUUCCCUUACCCCUUCAAGACCCCCACACAGGACCUGAUCGUGGUCAAGCAGCUCAAAGGCGUGUAUGACAACCGUCUGCUGCCCGUUUAUCAAAACCUUCACCCCAUCCUUACUGACAUCAACAACCGGAUCUCUGCCAUUGCCGGUGACGUCAGUGCUAGAGCCGGAGCUCCUCUACAGACCACUCAGGAUCUCUCUCGAGCCCUUCUUGUGCAGCUUCGUCAACUCGGCGAGCAUGGCAAAGAUUUGCCUGCGUUGUUGGUCCAGACUACCACGGAUCUGAGGGAAAUUCUCAUGGCCAAGGAGCAGACUUUGGGAGAGAAAGGAAACAAGCUCACUGAGUAUGUUUUGGACCGCGUCAAGCCUGUCGUUGACGACGUGUACAGUUACGUCCUCGGUGCCAAGAAGAAGGCAGAAGAGGAAGUAGGCAAAGCGCAGUCUGAAGUACACAAUGGCGGAGCUUGA